AUACACAUAUAGCGACCCAUUCCUCCUCUCAAUCCGCCGUCAAUUCCACAUACGCGACACACUGAACCCGAGAACUGAUACCCGUCGUUUUGCGCAGCAAUGGAGGAGAACAAGGACCAGUCCAAGAGCGCCUUGAAGAAGGCCGAGAAGGCCGCCCAGAUGGCUGCUAAGAAGGCUGAGAAGGCCGCCAAGCAAGCCACCCUCCCCGUCGUCGGCGGCAAGAAGGCGGACGACAUCAUCGGCAUCACGGUCAAGAAGUCGGAGAACUUCUCGCAAUGGUACCAGGAGGUCGUCCUCAAGGCCGAGCUGAUCGAGUACUACACCGAGAUCUCGGGCUUCUUCAUCAUGCGCCCUGCCACCAUGUACAUCUGGAACGUCAUCCGCAAGUGGUUCCAGGAGCACAUUGACGAGCUCGGCGUUGAGGAGACCAACUUCCCCAUGUUCUUGUCGCAGAAGUCGCUCGAGAAGGAGAAGGAACACGUUGAGGGUUUCGCCCCCGAGUUGGCUUGGGUUACCAAGGCUGGCGACAAGGACCUCGAGGUUCCCGUGGCUGUCCGUCCUACCUCCGAGGCUGUCAUGUACCCCUACUACGCCAAGUGGAUCCGCAGCCAUCGCGACCUUCCCUUCCGCUUGAACCAGUGGAACUCGGUCGUCCGUUGGGAGGCCAAGCAGACCACUCCUUUCCUCCGUGCCCGUGAGUUUAUGUGGCAGGAGGGCCACACCGCCCACCUUACUGAGCAGGCCGCCGGUGAGGAGGUUCUCCAGAUCCUCGAGUUCUACGCCGGUGUUUACGAGCAGCUCCUUGCCGUCCCCGUCGUCCGUGGCCGCAAGACCGAGGCCGAGAAGUUCGCCGGUGGUUACUACACCACCACCGUCGAGGGCUACAUUCCCUCCAACGGCCGUGGUAUCCAGGGUGCCACCUCUCACUGCCUGGGCCAGAACUUCUCCAAGAUGUUUGACAUCACCGUCGAGGAUCCCGCCGAGAAGGGCAAGCACAUCCACGUCUGGCAGAACUCGUGGGGUCUCUCGACCCGUGUCAUCGGUGUCAUGGUCAUGAUCCACGGUGACGACAAGGGUCUGGUCCUCCCUCCCCGUAUCGCCAAGAUCCAGUCCAUCCUCAUCCCCGUUGGCCUCACCGCCAAGAUGUCCGCCGAGGAGAAGGACGCGCACAUGAAGAAGGUUGACGAGCUCCUCGCCACCCUCAAGAAGGCUGGCGUCCGCGCCGACGUGGACACCCGCGAGGGCUACACCCCCGCCUGGAAGUUCAACGACUGGGAGCUCAAGGGUGUUCCCCUCCGUAUUGAGUUCGGUCCCAAGGAUGCCGCCAAGGACGUCGUCAGCUACGCCCGCCGCGACACCGGCGAGAAGGGCACCAUCCCCAUCGCCGAGCUCACCACCAAGGUUCCCGAGCUCCUCGAGACCAUCCAGCAGGAUAUGUACAACAAGGCCGAAGUUUCCUUCCGCGAGCACCGCCUCAAGAUCGAGAAGUGGGAUGACGUUGUCCCCGCUCUCGACGCCAAGAACGUCGUUCUCAUCCCCCACUGCCUUGUCCCCGAAUGCGAGGACAAGAUCAAGGAGCUCACCACUGGCCGCUCUGACGAGGCUGCUGAGGGCCCCGAGUCCCAGAAGGCCCCCUCUAUGGGCAUGAAGUCCCUCUGCAUUCCCUUUGAGCAGCCCGAGGGUCUGGUCAAGGGCGAGACCAAGUGCUUGAACCCCGAGUGCUCUCGUCUUGCCGAGCAGUGGUGCAUGUUCGGCCGCUCUUACUAAGUUGUUUUUUUUUAUAGAAACGGAUGGAAAAGUUAUGGGAAAGUGGGCGAUGGUUCGCGCUCUCUGUUGAUGUUAUCAUGGAAGCUUUUGAUGCAAUAUGCAGGCAGCGCUGGAGUUUGUUGUGGAUCUCAUAAGAAAGCGUGGGCGCCGUGGAUAUUAUUUGUUGCCAUAUUUUAUUCCUUAGGGCCUUUGCGCGAGCAUAAAAAAAAGAGAAAAGUUCAUGAACUACUGGAGGGAAAGUAAGAUGUGAGAUGUAC